UUAGUGGGCUUGGCCCAUUUGAUUCGUCUGCUCGAAAUCCAUUUGCGAUAAUGGCGAUUCUCUGUGAGUUCCGUCUCUUCGUUCUCCUUUUCUCUACUUUGUUCUUCGUCUCCGUCGCUAUUUCAUUCUCUCCGGCCGACGAGUACCUCAUCGAUUGUGGCUCAGUUGUUGACUCCACCGUCGACAAUCGCCGCUUCAUCGGCGAUGUUUCAGCUUCUUCUAAUGGAAAGCUUUUCUCAUCGGUAGGUUCAAUCACUCUUCAAUCGGAAAUUCCAGCUCCGAACCUAGCUCAGAUCUACAAGACCGCGAGAAUUUUCACGCGACAGGCGAAAUACGAAUUCAACGUCGUCGAGAAUGGGAUUCAGAUGGUACGUAUUCAUUUCCAUCGCUUCAAUUCCUCCAAAAUCGAUUUCAGUGAUGCUGAAUUUCACGUCACGGUAAAUGGAUAUGUGGUGCUUAGGAAUUUUAGUGGCGCUUUUGGUCCUAGGGUUAGAGAAUUCUUGAUUUGGGUCGAUGUUGGAAAAGUCGUUAUUAGGUUUGUUCCUAGUAAAGAUUCGAAAUUAGCGUUCGUUAAUGCUAUUGAAGUUAUCUCUGCACCUAAGGAUUUGAUUGCAGACGUAGUGACCUCUGUAUCCAAUGAUGGAGCAACUGAGAAACUCAAUGGUUUAGUUAAACAAGCAAUGGAAGUUGUUUACAGAAUCAAUGUUGGUGGAAGAAAAGUUACUCCUUUUAACGACACAUGGUGGAGAACUUGGGUUCCUGAUGAGAGAUUCCUCAAAGUCAGUGAUGGUUCUGAGAAAGUUUACUUCUCUGGUAGGAUUAAGUAUAGGCUUGGAGGGGCAAGUCGUGAAGUUGGCCCUGAUAACCUCUAUAACACUGCCCGCGUGGUGAAGAGCAACAAUGGCUCGGUUUCUCAGGUUAAUAUGACAUGGGAGUUUCCAGUGAGCAGUGGUUAUAAAUAUCUAAUCCGAUUGCAUUUCUGCGAUAUAGCUAGUAUGUCUCUUGGUAUGCUAUACUUCAACAUCUACAUCAACGGGAAUUUGGCGUAUCAAGAUUUGGAUAUGUCAGAUGCCACAAAUUACGUCUUGGCUUCCCCGUAUUACAUAGAUUUUGUCGUAGAUGGUGAGAACUCUUCUUCGGGUUUGAUAAGCUUAAGUGUUGGACCAUCAAAUAAGAGUAUUGAACACGUUGUUGAUGCGAUCUUGAACGGAGUCGAGAUCAUGAAGAUGAAUAACACAUUGGGAAGUCUUGAUGGGUCUGUUUCCACGGAAAUGAUACUUAGUCAUUGUCCCAACAGAAGAAACCUUAGCUUGUUUAUGUCAAUGGUGGCUUUCAUGUGUAUCUUGAUGAGUGUUUACAUUGUAACUCAAAGGAGGAAAGCAAAGGACGGAUUCGGCUGGUUGAGGUUGUCGGAUAAUGUACCAGAAGAUAAUAACAAUCCGAAAUCCGUGGAAGGAUUUGGAACGAGAAUGCCGUGAACCUUUCAGAGGUUAAAGCUAAAUAACUUAUUCUCGGGUAACGAUCAUCAAUACUCUCUGAUUAUAUAUGUUGCAAAAGAGUGUUGAUGUUACUGUUAUAUACUACUUACUAUAUAGAGAGGUUGAUGGUGUAUGUAUAUCUUUGGUGAUAUCUGGAGUUUGUCGAUAUGUAUGAAUUCAUUAGAUUUUCUAAGCCACUAUAGUUUGGUUUUUACGUCAAUGGUCUUUGUUUUAGUUGGGUGGCUCUCUCGGCAAUUGAUAUCUUUGUGUUUGUAUUUGAGUCGACCGAGUGGGAUAAUCGAAGUGAAUUUCUAAUAAACAUUAGUUAAUUCGAAAA